CAAGUUAAUUUACAUAGCAAACAAGCCCGCAACCAAUGUGGUUCUGACAUUAAAAUUGUAGAAUCUAAUCUCAAAUUUGCUGUCUCAAAAGUGACGACGUCAAAAAAUCUGCAGAAUGAUGCGAUCUUUAGUUUGUGGAAUUCUACUUCAGACUUAUCUGCUAUUAAGUCUACAUUCGACCAUAGCCCAUCGAAUGCCUCGUCAUCAUGUAACUAUACCGGAAAAUUCUCCUAUCGGAACUGUAUUGGACUUCAAAAAACCUAUUAGAGUUCAUACUAAUUUUGGAUCUGGACGAUAUUGCUCGUACAAUCGCUAUCAGCUUCAUCCUCAUGAGCAAUUACCUUUCGAAGUUGAAGUUAUAGACGAAUGGACAGGAGAAGCUAAUAUCAAAGUGUCAGAGCCCCUUGAUUUCGAAAGAAAAAAUAAGUAUAUUUUCGAAGUGGCUGCAAAGGAUUGCUCGGCGAAUUUACACGGUCCAAGGGAGAAGAUUAUUGUUAAAAUAAAAGAUCUAAACGAAGCAGCUCCAAAAUUCCCUAAAACCGUUUAUAAUAUAGAAGUACUGGAAGGAAAAAUCUUUGAUAACGUCCUCGAAUUAAAGCCUACCGACACAGAUCACUCUUCUAAUGGAGAUAUUUGUACUUUUAAAAUUAUAACCGGUGGAGUUCCCUUUGGAGUGACCAAUGAAGGUGUUUUAUACAACACUGCACCUCUGGACUACUCUAAAGUUCAUAAUUACAUUUUCGGAGUCACUGCCACUGAUUGUUCUCGGGAUGACCCUCGAACAAGCACGCCCGCUGAAAUAAAUGUUCAAGUCAAGCAAAUUUGUAAGCCGGGGUGGAAAGAUGUUUCGUCUAGAAUCGACUAUACACCUGGAGAAGGAAAGAAAUUUCUAGCACCUGAUGCUUUGCUAUUUACUUGCGAUGAUGUAUGUGAGUCAAAGAAAACAGUGGCUAAAAUUCGCCUGGGAGCAAGUCGAGCUGAGAAAGUAUGUAAUAUGGAUCCUUAUUCGAUUCAUGCCCAGAGAAAACUUUGUGGUGCCUCUGAAAAAGAGAAGGAUAUGCUCCCCACACCUCUUAUAUCAUCUUGGACAACUGGAAAUCCCACCGCAGCAGACGGUACGGAUAAUGAAUUCUAUUUUGACGGAACUAAAUCCUACGAUAUUCCCUCGUCGAAAAUCGAUCAUACCUUACCAAUGCAUUUUACAUUCAUGACAUGGAUGAAGCACGAAAGAUGGGCCUCAAAAGGCCGAAAAGAGCAUCUCAUUUGUAGUGCUGAUGCUAAAGCAAUGAAUCGCCACCAUUACUCUGUUUUCAUACGAAACUGUAAGCUUAUUAUGCUUUUAAGAGAAGAAGCUGGUAGUAAGAAUGCAAACACUUACAAACCAGCUGAAUGGCGCUGGACUUUAUCUCAAGUUUGUGAUGGAAAGUGGCAUCAUUACGCCAUUAGCGUGGACUCUCUUCAAGUUCAGUUAUAUGUUGAUGGCGUUUUAUUUGUAUCAGAAGCAGACAAUCCUGAAGUUAUAGAUGAUUGGCCCUUACAUUAUACGAAAAAGAUCAAAUCUACAAGACUCCUUGUUGGAGCCUGCUAUCAAGCAGGUAGAGGAGAAGUAGCUCAAUUCUUCAGAGGCUAUUUGGCUGGUAUGUCAAUACUAAAGGGAUCAACUGAGAACGAAGAAAUCAUUCGUUGUAUGAACUCUUGUCACGAGCAACUCGAUUUGGAUUUAAACGAUGUUGCAACGGGAAUGACUGUUGGAUUUAACAACAAUAGAACCGAAAUCACUAUUACUGGCAAUACUGUGAAGGCAGUAGAAAAGCAAACUCAUAAAGUUGUGUAUAUGAAUCCAAGAACCUUACCGUCUCCGGGUCAUAGAACAUUCUUCAUGAAUACAGCUAUACAAUGUGCUGAUGGAAGAGAGAAAACUCUACCCGAAUACGUUGGUGUUAUAGUUGUUGAAAAGUCAACUAUACCUGAAAUAAGAGUUUACGGAAGUGUGGCAUAUGAAACAAUCACUGAAAAUCUAAAGGCUGGGAUAAAAUUUCUGGAUGAAACUCAAAUUCUACUAACCUCUUCAAAGGGAGGUGCCAUUUCCAAAAAUCUGUACCGAAUCGAUUCUUGUACCGUCGAGGCUGAAACAGCUUUAGACUUAUCGCAUGAGAGAAUAAGAUUUCCUGCUGACAUAAUUCAGAGACUCAACUUAAAAGUAGUCGAAACUAGGCAAGGUGUUGUUGUAGAUGGCACAGAAACCCCAGAAAAAUAUACUGAAAUUUUACGAAAAAUGGUCUACCAGGAUGAUAAGCCAGAAUCCCUGUCCAAAAGUGGAAGAUUGUUUAAUAUUAGAUGUUCAGAGUUGAAUGGAAAAUAUAAAUCUCAUUUCCACCAAAUAACUGUCACCAUUAAUGAGGAUGAGAAAGUAGAAAAGACCGAAUUUACAAGCGAUGAUGAGAAGAAACAAAUCGAGGACGUAAUAGCCGAUGCAAAGAAUGACGUUCAUCACUAUAAAGCUAAUCAAUUAUCAGCGGAGAACGUCCGCUUUUCCGAGCUGAAACUAAACCAGAAAACACACUACAUAGGAGAAAAUUCACCUAGCAUGGGAAUGAUAGUUAUUGUCGUUGUGUGCAUUGGAUUUCUGAUAUUUAUGAUUGUCCUUGGUGUAGUUAGAAUUAGAAAUGCGCACGCGCGAUCAUCAGUACAAGAAGAGAAGCCGGAAAUGGAAUGGGAUAACUCAGCUUUAAAUAUUACAGUUAACCCCCUUGAAGAAUCCAGCGUUCCUCAAGUGGCGGCUGCCUAUGACCUGGAUACUAUUCGUGGAACCGCAAUGGAAACGGAUUCUUCCGAAGAAGAGCUAAGCGACUUCCGAGACGAUAAUGCUGAUGAUUCUACGGAUGACGAUGACGAUGACGAUGAUCACAACUCCUGUCUCAGAAACAAAGUACAAGAAGAUUGUGCCGUAAAUUUUCGCAAGCCCAGAAAAGACCUGGAAUGGGAUGAUUCCACUCUGACGUUCUAA